GCUCAUACUCUGACAGGAGGGGUCUGAAAAAAGGCUGAUUCUUCAGGCUCCACCUUCAAAGACUCACUCCACUGGAAGAAAGCUAGGUACCAUUCUGCUGCAGCACUUGCAGAAAGUUUCAUACAUACCCCAGCUGCAUUCAGACUACCCGCAGUCAGUUGGAAGUUUUCUGUUGCUGUAAGCAAAAAUGCCAGCAAGAUCUACUGUUCAGCUGGCAUGGCUCUGCAUUAUCACUGUGUCUGUUGCUGUCUAUCCAGCACUGCUGCAGAAGCCUCCUAAAAGGAGGACAAUCAAUGGGAACGUACAGUCCAAGAUGAUGGGAUGCUGCGAUGAGAUUAAAGAGCUCAAGUUGCAAGUAGCCAACCUGAGCAGAAUGCUGCAGGAGCUGAGCAAGAAGCAGGAAGGUGACUGGGUGAAUGUGGUCAUGCAGGUGAUGGAGCUGGAAGGAAGCACCAAGCAGAUGGAGUCCCGCCUCAUUGAUGCUGAGAGCAAGUACUCCGAAAUGAACAACCAGAUAGAUAUCAUGCAACUCCAGGCAGCUCAGACGGUCACGCAAACUUCAGCUGUAGAUGCUGUCUAUGACUGCUCAUCACUUUAUCAGAGGAACUAUCGCAUCUCUGGUGUUUACAAGCUACCUCCUGAUGAAUUUCUGGGGAGUCCAGAUCUGGAGGUGUUCUGUGACAUGGAGACAGAUGGAGGUGGCUGGACUAUCAUUCAGAGGCGUAAAGUUGGUCUGACGUCUUUCAAUAGGGACUGGAAACAAUACAGGGAAGGAUUUGGCAAUAUUCGGGGAGAUUUUUGGCUGGGAAAUGAAAACAUCUACCGACUUUCACGACGUCCCACUGUUCUGCGGGUAGAGUUGGAGGACUGGGAAGGUAACAUACGCUACGCACAAUAUAAGCAAUUCACCCUGAGCAACGAAUUAAACAGCUACCGUCUGUUUGUGGGGAACUACACAGGCAACACAGGACGUGACUCCCUGAGGUACCACAACAACACAGCCUUCAGCACAAAGGACAAAGAUAACGACAAGUGCGUGGAUGACUGCGCCCAGUUCCGCAAAGGUGGAUAUUGGUAUAACUGCUGCACAGAUUCCAACCUGAACGGGGUUUACUACCGCAAAGGAGAACACACCAAGAACAUGGAUGGUAUCACCUGGUAUGGAUGGCAUGGGUCAACCUACUCCCUAAAAAGGGUUGAGAUGAAGAUCCGGCCAGAAGACUUCAAACCAUAGAGGAAAUCAAUACCUGAUCAUACAGCUACAUGAUGCCACUCCAGAGAAGGUGGGCAACUGACAACUCCCACCAUUUAAUUGUCCACUUCAUCUAGUAUGUGCAAAACAUGCAUAGUAUGUACAUACAGAAUCACUAAGGCACACCAAACACCAGAUACAGCCACUAGUGUUAUCAGGGCUCACACUUAUCUCCUCCUCUGAAGAUUCUUUCUAAAGGGAUAAAUACUGUGUUAGAAUAGGUUAGAACAAAAUGCAAAACACCUCCUGCACUUACAGCACCUUCAGAAAACUUCCUGGUGUGUCUUCACUAGCAUUGCAACUAGUGGGAUGUACUAACCAGUUAGGCAGAGACUGCAAAAAGAAAGCCUCCUCGUUCCCAUUCCAUCUGUCAAGUAUAAGUAUUGCUGUUUAACUCCUUUCAAGAGAGAUUCAAAUCACAAAAGCUACAUAAUGGUCUCAAAUGAGGGGAAUCACCAAUUAGAAGUGUUCUUGAUGCAUCUUUCUUCAGCUUACAUCCCCACAGAAGGAAGAACAAAGCCCAGAAAUUCUCCAUAAGCUAAUAUCGUGCAGGUUCUCUCCUGAAGUUUUACUGCCAUCUCCUGCUGCUGUCCCCACAGACAGCUGCACACAGCAGACAGUGCCCUGGAGGAAGGAUUUAUCCCAUAUCCUAUAUAAUACUUAUUCCCAAAGCCUGAUAAAACUAGAAUGCAACAUUUCAGGCCACCACCAAAUUAUGUUCAUGUUAAGAUAUAUAAGAAGUGUUCUAUGAAGCAGUAAGAAAAAAAAGAAAAUAGCAAGUUAGCAAAAAGACAGACCCAGCCAACCAAUCAACUCCACUCCCACACCUGAAAUCACUGUACCCUUAAGCAAAACACUACUACACACCAGAGAAUCCAAAAGUUACUAAAUCACACUUAAUACGCUGAGAAUCUCCUCCUGAAGAUCCUCCAGUUGAAAGUUAACUGGAGAUGUUAUGUUGAAAAAUCACUAUGUUGUUUCUCCCUUUUAUAACACAGUCUUGCAAAUAACAUUAAAAAAAGACUCCUCCCAUAGCCAUAUUGUUGUUUGAAUAUGUUGGAAAAGAUAGUUAUAUUUAAUAUAUCUAUUUUUAUUCACCUUAAAGAGGACUUGAAUCUAAUUUAAAUUGUUUGGUCUUGUGUGGAAAGGGAGAUAGAAGUGUCAGUAAUUGCUUUUUGUAUGUCUGACUAUUAAAUGUUUGACUAUUAAUACUAUAAAUUUCAGCUGCAUGGAACUAUAGCUGGAACCAUUUUAACUGUGGUCUAGAAAGAGGAUUUGAAAGAUUUCUAAACUUUAAGAUUUCUAAUAAAUUGUCUUUCAUUUUUAA